AUGAAUGACUUAAAACAAAUUGCUCAUAAAACUUGUCUUGAACGAUAUUCUAAGAAUUAUGUUCAUUAUAUGAAAAACAUUUCUGAAAAAGCAAAACAAGUAAGUGAUGAACUUAUUGAACUAAUACCAAUAAUUAAUGAGUUUCAAAAAUCUAUUGAAGAAAUGAAAACUGAGGUAAAUCAGUCAGCAUCACAAAUGUCGUUAUUUCAUGAGUUAUUGAUUAUUUCAUCAACAAACAAAUCAUUUAUAGAAAUACUUAAAACAUAUGAAAAUGGAAUAAUAAAUUUAAGUUCAAGUUUAGUUCAACAAAAUAGUUGGGGAGAAACUCUUUCAUUCGUUGACGAUAUAAAAAUGCAGCAAACUCAAAUGAUAUCUAAUAUUAUUUCAUUCCAAUCAUUUGCAAAGUACAUUAUUAACACCGUAAAUGUUAGAAUGGAAAUGAAUAAUUAUUCAUCUAUUUUACAAGAAGAAGACUGUGCUCAACUUCAAUCUGCUGUAACUUCUUUAGUUAAUGAAAGAAAGAAUUUAUUAAAUAUAAAUUAUAAUUUUAAUACUUCUUCAAUAAUUGAAAAAGAUGAGAUUCCUCUCCCAAUUUUAAAAGCAAUGUAUUCUCUUUAUUUCUCUCGUCGUUCUCUUGAAGGUGUAUUUAGAAUCUCUACUGAUGUAAAUGUAAUUGAUAAUUAUAUGGAUUUUAUUGGAAUAAUUGACACUCAAACUAUAACAAACGUUGAUAUUGCAAAUGUUAUUCGAAAAUUCUUUAACACUCUUAACUUUCCUAUUUGGCCAAAAGAAUUGCUUCCUUCUUUACUUAAUUGUACAAAAGAAAAUGAAAAUAAUUCAUCUAUAUGGAUUGAUAAUGUUAGACAAUUGGGUUCUCAAAUUCCUAAAUUUAACUCAUUAUUACUUAAACAUUUACUUGCUCUUUGUGGUAAAAUUGCUCAAACAUCUAGCUCAAAAAUGGACGAAUAUAAUCUUGCUGUUUGUAUUGCUAUUUCUACUCUUGUUGAAAAAGAUGAUGUUCAGACUGCAGCAAAAGAAAUUAAAACACUUAUUAAAGCUUUUGAAAUGAUGAUAAAAAAUAGAGCUCUUAUAUUUCCUGAUGUUUAUGACUGUUUUAGAAAGAGUGUAAAUAAAAUCCUUUCUCCUCCAAUUUAUAGAGACAUAUUUUCUAACAAAAGACAAUCAGUGUAUUUUACGAGAUAUAAACCAAAACAAAAACAAGGAAAAACAUUUAAUAUUGGAAGUUAUGCAAACAAGUUACUAGACCAAAGUUGA